AUGUCUUUCAAGUCAUUGUGGCCAGUGGAAAGGACAAUUGACAGAAAAAUUCUCGCACGUUUUAAUGUUCUUAGGUUUUUUUUCUUGAUUUCGUUUUUUUGUCCUCCAUAUUGGCUUUCGCUUCAUGUCUUAUUUUUUUUUUUAUUAAGUCUUCUUAUUUCCUUCAUCACUUUUUUUCUUUUCUCUCUUCAUUCUUACCUUCCUCUUUUCCUUCUUAUCUUUCUCUUUUCCUUCUUUCCUUCGUCUUUUCAUUCUUCUUUCCCCUCUUCAUUCUUUUUUACAUUAUUUUCCAACUUCUUUCUUUCUUUUCCUUCUUUCUAUCCUCUUUUCAUUUUUAAAAUGUCCUCCUCUCUUUUUUCUUUCCUUCAUUUCUUUCUCCUUUUUUUCUUUCUUUUAACAUUUCUUUCUUUCUUCCUUUUUAAAUUCCUUCCUCUUACCACAUUUUUUACUUUCAUUCCUUUCUCUCUUUCUUUUUUCUUUCUCGUUUUCCUACUGUUAUUUCCUUCUUCCAUUCCUUUCUUACUUCCUUUCAUUCUUUUCUUCUUCUUUCCCUCCUUUCUUUCAUUUCUCUUAUUCCUUACCUCAUUUCUUUCUUUCUUUCUUUCUUUCUUUCUUUCUUUCUUUCUUUCUUUCUGUUUUUUCUUUCUAUUAUUACUGACUUUUUUCUUUUUCUCUUUUUUCUUCUUCUUCCGUUUCUUGUUUACUACUACUGUCCUUCUUUAUUUCUUUCAUUACUAUCUUUUUUUUUCAUUUUUUUCUUCCCUUCUUCCUCUUUUCAUCUCCCUUCUUUCCUAA